AUGAGUAUCUUCGGUGGAAUUGUGAUAUUAGAGGAAAUUUGUUCAUUUCCAGGUUACAUCUUCAUCGCCGGUCGAUCAGAUCGUAUGCCCGAAGAGGUUAUGGCACAGCUGAAAGAAAUUGUAUCCGAGAGAGGUCUGGAUGCAGACGCCUACUUCAGGCAGUUAGAAGCCAAAGGACGAGUUCAGUUCGAAACGUGGGGUUGA